AUGUGUAAAAUAAUAGUAGUUACUUUACUAUUUUUACUUGGAUGUUGCCAUGGGAAUGAAUUGGCUGAAUACAUUAAACCCUGUAAUAAAUCUGAUCCUUAUAUAAAUGUGUGUAUAAGAAAUUCAUUUAAUCAUUUGAAAAAUUACUUACCAAAUGGAAUAUCAGAAUUAAAUGUUCCUCCACUAGAACCUCUAAUAAUAGAUGAACUAGUAAUGGAAAAUAAUGCGGGUGCAAUUAGAGUAAAAGCAAAAUUUUCUAGUAUAAUUGCUAAGGGAGCCAGUAAUUAUGUGGUUAAAGAAGUUCGAAGCGAUAUUACGAAAUUACGAUUUGAUUUAAGCUUAGGACUCCCCUUGGUUGAAGUUUUUGGAAAAUAUGAUGUUAAUGGGAAUGUUCUUCUUUUACCAGUUAGAUCAAAUGGAAAUUUUUGGGCGGAAUUCGGGAACGUAACGACUGUAGCUAGAGUUUAUGGUGUAGAAAAGAUAAAAAAUGGUAUAAAAGUUUUACAUAUAGGAAAACUGGCAAUUGAUUUUUCUUUAAAGCAUGUUAAACUUCGAGUUGAAGAUACAAUUAAUUCUGGAAAUAUUUUAGGAGAAGCUAUAAACCAAUUUUUAAAUGUAAAUGCGCAAGAACUAGUAAAAGAAAUGAAACCGGCAGCAUCUAGAAGCAUAGCAAAGUUAUUUCAAAAAAUACUUAAUAAUGCCUUUUCAAAAAUAGGAAUGGAUGAUUGGUUACAUCAAUAG